AUGGCAACAUCAUCAGCGAUCCAAGCCGCCACAAUCAACAAAUUCAUCGAAGCAUGGAAAGAUCAAGACGUCGAAGGCACCGUGGCACUCUGGUCUGACGACUUCUCGCAAACACUCCUCCCGGCAUCCUUGGGUAUGCCUACAAAACCGCGGGAAACUGCCGAGAUCGUCUACAGCAGACUGACACAAAGUCUGACCAACUGGAAGCUGGACGUGAAAGAGAUCGUGCAUGACGCUACGCAGGGGACGGCUGCAGUCUAUGCCACUUCUCUGGCGGACUUGCCAAUGCCAGGCGAGAAAUGGACCAUGGACUACGCGGUCUUUAUGUCGUUCGCGGAGGGUGGAACGAAGAUCAGCAGGCUGAACGAAAUGGUAGACACGUCAACCUUUCAGCAGCUCUUCCCCAAGCUGCAGAAGUAUAUGAUGGAAAAGAGUGCAAUGAAUGGGACCAAGUAG